AUUUUCAAACAUUUUUUUUCCUUAAUUCCUAUUACAAAAGAAUGGCAAUCCAUAAAAGUGAUCAAAAACAAUUUAUUGUUACGGAAGAAUUUUGUGAUGAAGAUUUUGAUCGACCUGAUGUUCCUGAUUGGUUUCGUAAUAAGAUUAUUGCUGUUGAAAAUGAUAAUGACCGGAAAAAAGUGACCACAAAACCUGAUCUGAUAACUACGAUGCAAAAUGGUUGCAAAAAUAAACCACCAUACAAAACUAUUAUCGUAUGGCGUAAUGUAAUUGCUAUGAUUGUUUUACAUUUGGCUGCUUUGUAUGGAAUUUAUUUGGCUAUAUGGAAUGCACGUUCGAAAACAAUUGCCUGGUCUUGUUUGAUGGCUGUUGUUGGUGGUCUGGGUGUAUUGGCCGGUUCACAUCGUUUAUGGACACAUCGUUCAUAUAAAGCAAGAUGGCCAUUACGAUUAUUAUUGAUGAUAGCCCAGACGAUUGCUUUGCAAAAUGAUAUCUAUGAAUGGUGUCGUGAUCAUCGUGUUCAUCAUAAAUAUUCCGAUACGGAUGCUGAUCCACAUAAUUCACGACGUGGAUUUUUUUUCUCUCAUAUGGGUUGGUUAUUAUGUCGUAAACAUCCGGAUGUAAUUGCGAAAGGUUCUACAAUCGAUAUGUCCGAUGUUUGGGCUGAUCCUAUUGUACGAUUUCAACGACGAUUUUAUAUUCCAUUGGUGUUAUUAUUAUGGGGUAUAUUUCCAGUAUGGAUACCUGUCCAUUAUUGGAAUGAAAAUCUUGAGGUAGCUAUUAUGGCCAAUGCAUUACGUUAUGUAAUGUUAUUACAUCAAGCAUGGUCAGUAAAUUCAGCUGCACAUCUUUUUGGUUAUCGUUUUUAUGAACAAUCUAUUGAACCACGAGAAAAUCGUUGGGUAGUUUAUCUUAGUUUAGGUGAAGGAUAUCAUAAUUAUCAUCAUACAUUUCCAUGGGAUUAUUCAGCAAGUGAACAUGGAUGGCGUGAUAAUUUUAAUGUAACAACGGCAUUCAUUGAUCUGGCUGCAUGGCUUGGCUUGGCUUAUGAUCGAAGAAUCGUAUCACGAACAGUGAUUGAAAAACGAAUUUGCCGAACUGGUGAUAAUCAUCAUCGAACCACCACGUGGAUGUUGGACAAAAACCAACGGAAACCAGUUUCCUUUGUUUUGGAUUUGAUUGCCGGUAUUUUAAUUUCGACAGCAUUAAUUUUCCUUAUACUCAUCCUAAGAUAUAUUUUACGCCGACUAUUUGUACAUAGACGACAAAAAACAUAUCAUUAUCAUCACUAUCAUCAUCGUCAAUCGUUGCAAUUAGUCCAAUUUUUUUUCGUUAACGGUUAUCGUCGAAUAUGUCAAUCCAAACGGAUCGGAAAAAAUAAAACAACAACCAUAACGAAAAAAUCCAUAACAAUCAUGAUGAAAAAUAUUCAACAAAAACGACAACAAAAUGGUAACAACAAAAACGACGAUAAUAAUAAUAAUAACGAUUCGUUGAUUGAUCAACGAUCCAGUAGCCAAGAAUUUAUUAUAAGUGAUCGAUUUGAUGAUCAAGAUUUUCAUCGACCUGAUGUACCUGAUUGGUAUUUUCAUCGAUAUCAAACAAAAUCCACCGUCGACGGCAGUGACGAAAAUGAAAAAAAGUUUUUCGACGAAAAAAUUUCGCAACAAAACAAAUCGGAAAAACCGUUUAAAGCACCGAUUGUAUGGCGAAAUGUUUUCGCUAUGAUUGUUCUACAUUCGUUGGGUGCGUAUGGAUUUUAUGUUGGUCUUAGACAAGCACGUUGGCAAUCGCUGGUAUGGUCAUGGUUAAUUAGUGCAGUUGGAUCGUUUGGUGUAUUGGCUGGUGCACACCGGUUAUGGACACAUCGAUCAUAUAAAGCACAUUGGUCAUUACGUGUUGUCCUUAUGAUUCUUCAUACGGUCUGUCUACAGAAUGAUCUUUAUGAAUGGUGUCGUGAUCAUCGUACACAUCAUAAAUAUUCGGAAACUGAUGCUGAUCCACAUAAUUCUCGACGGGGAUUUUUUUUUGCUCAUAUGGGUUGGCUGCUUUGUCGUAAACAUCCGGAUGUAAAAGCAAAAGGUUCACUUAUUGAUAUGUCCGAUGUUUGGGCUGAUCCUGUUGUACGAUUUCAACGUCGUUUUUAUAUCCCGCUAGCAUUACUACUUUGGGGUAUCGUACCGGUAUUAAUACCAGUUUAUGGUUGGGGUGAAGAUUUUUGGCUUGCUGUUAUGGGUAAUUUUUUCCGUUAUGUAAUGUCAUUACAUCAUACAUGGACAGUAAAUUCAUGGGCACAUAUGUAUGGUUAUCAAUUUUUUGAUCAAUCAGUACAACCACGUGAAAAUUAUCUGGUUACAUACUUAACGUAUGGUGAAGGUUAUCAUAAUUAUCAUCAUGUUUUUCCAUGGGAUUAUUCUGCUAGUGAACAUGGUUGGCGUCAUUGUUUUAGUCCAGCUACUGCAUUUAUUGAUUUUUGUGCAUGGUUAGGCCUUGCUUAUGAUCGUCGUAUUGUAUCGCGGACACUUAUUCAACAACGAAGUCAAAGAUGUGGUGAUAUUCAAACUGUACCUUCAUUUAUGGAUAAAAAACGAAAACCAAAACGGAUAAUGAUCGAAUAUUUGUUGGGUAUGAUAGCAACUACAUGGCCUUUGAUUGUUUUUCUUGUAUUACGUAUGAUUAUUCAAUCAUAUUAAAAUUUAAGAUUUUAAAAAAUUAAAUAAAAUUGAAAUUUAGGCUUUCAAUUAGAAACUA